UCUCAUUUGAAGACGUCACUUUGGGCUUUGAAGAAGAUGAAUCAAAAAUGAAAAGAAUCAGAAUCAGCAGCUGCAGAGUAAAUCUUCCAGCUCUGCCCGUUUGAAAGGUCUUUAAAGUCUUUGAAUUCAGUUUCCCUAAAAAAGAAAAAGCUCAGGAAGAUGUGUGUGAGAUGGUGAAGCGCAGUGUUGGAUCUGGUCUGUGGCUGAGCUGCAGGAGGCUGCUCACAGCAGACGGGUCCAUGGACUCAGAUCUGUUUGCAUUGGUGAACCCAUCCUUCAAUGCUUUCUGCUGCUUAUCUGACUCCAGGAAACAUGGAACAAGUACCUGAACCAGACGUCAAUGCCUCUGCUUGGCUCCGCCCCUGCUUUAAUGCCUCCUGCCAGCCUCAAAUCAGAGCAGCGUGUCCAUUCAGCACUGUUCAGCUGAUCCUCAUCGCCAUGGUAACCACCUCUCUCAGCAUCAUCACCGUGCUGGGCAACACGCUGGUGAUCCUGUCUAUCAAAGUGAACCACCACCUGCGGACCGUCAACAACUACUUCCUGUUGAGCCUGGCGGUGGCCGACCUGAUCAUCGGCUUGGUCUCCAUGAACCUGUACACGCUCUAUCUCCUGCGGGGCCGCUGGCCCCUGGGGGCUGCGCUCUGCGACAUGUGGCUCAUUCUGGACUACGCGGUGAGCAGCUCCUCCGUGAUGAACCUGCUGAUCAUCAGUUUGGAUCGGUACUUCUGCAUGACGCAGCCGUUCAGCUACCCGGCACAGCGGACGGGUGGGAUGGCCGGACUUAUGAUUGGAGCAGCCUGGCUGGUGUCCUUCGUCCUCUGGGCCCCCGCCAUCCUCUGCUGGCAGACCGUCGGGGGCAAACGAGUCGUCCCCGAUGGAGAGUGUUACACCCAGCUGCUGGCCAGCCCUGCUGUCACUCUGGGGACGACGCUUCCCUCCUUUUACCUGCCGGCGUUCAUCAUGAUUGUCCUAUACAGCCGCCUGUCCGCCGCCAGCCGCAGCCGCCUGAGCGUACUCCAGUCAGAGCGAGACACGCUCAGGACAUCCAGUCCGUCCAUUAAAGACUUCCUCUUGAAACGACGGAGCUGGGUGACCAGUGACCCAGGAUCAGACUUGUCUCUGAACCAAUCAGAGUCCAGCAUUCAGAAGACCAGAAGGAACCGGAGUGCGUCCAGAAGUCCUGGAGACACGUCAGAGUUGGCAGACAUCUGUCUUCCUUCUCAGCCAUGUCUCACUCGGACCACCGCCUGCCGCACCAGAGACAAAGACUACAACAAGAUUGAGAACGACUCCUCGUCCAACACCGACCUGCACAGGACGGCCUCGGUGGCGUUCUCCGCCUGUCCUAGCUUCAAGUCUCAGGAGAGGAGGAGGCGUCGAGUGAUGGCGAGGGAGAGGAGGGUCACCAAGACCAUCCUGGCCAUACUUCUGGCCUUCAUCCUCACCUGGACACCCUACAACAUCAUGGCCGUCAUCGCCGCCUUCUGCCACGUCUGUAUCCCAGACAGCCUGUGGACCACAGGAUACUGGCUCUGUUACAUCAACAGCGCCAUCAACCCCGGCUGCUACGCCCUGUGCAACAUCACCUUCAGGAAAACCUUCUGCAGCCUCCUGCGCUGCCGCAGCAGGAAGCUGCGAUGACACAGGUGAGGUUACAGGUUCAGCUCAGUCCGGCAGGUGAAAGAUGAGUUUGUUUUUUUUCAUCAGUCAAUCAGAUUUUAUUUGUACAGCACUUUUCGUACGGGGAGGUGUUGGAUGAGCAGGUUACAGAGUUUCCCAACAGCUGGUUCUGAACGUCACAGUGAAACAGACAGAGGUGAUGAGACCAGCUGAGGAGAUGUCAGAGGAUAGGCCGUGGGUUAUGAUGGGAUCCGAAACGUGUCCUCUGUUAAUGAGUAGGCUGAGAAACGUGUAAUUUAAAUAUGACAAAAGCAAGAGAGUCUGAUUAAUCGUCCACACGUGAGUUAAAGUCUCCUAAAAUAUCAGCUGUGCUGUAGUUGGAUAAAAGACAACAGCUCUGAGACAACAGACGUCCAUGGUUUGGUCUGUGAACUGUCACACAGAGCAGGAGGCUGCUCACAGCUCACCUCUAAUUUUCAAACCAUGUGUUUUCAUCAAAGUAAUGUCCUUAAAAUCAUGUGGCGCUGAGAGGAUGGACGCUGUGGACAAUGAAAGAGCGGCCGGUCCAUCUGUGCUCAGACAUGUCUCAGUUCAUACAUUCAAUCAGUAUUAUUAAUUAAAA